AUGUCAUCUUCUCUUCUUAUUCGUCAAAUUUCCAUUUCUUCCCUCAUCAAUUCUUUGGUCAAAACCCACAAAUUCCUUCAAUCUCUAAUCCUCUUCAAGAAUGCUAACUCAUCUCUCUCCUCCUCAAUUCUUGACCUUUCUAUCUUUCCUUCCCUUCUUCAAUCUUGUGUACACUUAUCCCUUCUUAAUCUUGGGAAAUGUAUUCAUGGGUAUGUCUCGAAACGUGGGUUUUCUUCUUCAAUUGACAUCAAUACAGGUUUUGUUGAACUGUACUUAAAUUUUUGUAAAACUAAAGAUGCAUACCAGUUGUUUGGUGAAAUGCCCGUUAGAGAUCAAAGGUAUUUUAACUUUGUAAUUCCUGCUUUUGGAUCUUCUCGAUCAUACAUUGAGACAUUAAAUAGUUUUGAGGAAUCUAUAUCUUCAGGUUUCACCACAUUCUCGGAAUCAGUUCGUCGAGCUAUAAUUGCAUGUGGUGAACUGAGAAUGUUAGAUAAGGGAAGAUGGAUUCAUGGUUAUGUUAUUAAUCAUGGGUUUGAUAAUAAUAUUCUUAUUUGUAACGCGUUGAUUUCAAUGUAUGUCAAGAUGGGCGAGCUUGAUUCGGCUCAUGAUGCAUUCGAUUCCAUGAAAAGUAGGGAUUUGGUUUCUUAUAACACCUUAAUUUCAGGGUAUACACAAUCUAGGAAUUGGUCGAAAGCUUUGGGUGUUUUCCAAUCGAUGAAAGAAUCUGGUGGAGACAUUGUUCAUAACAAUGUGACCCUUAUAGCUCUUGUUUUCAUUUGUGCUCACUCUGGGAAUCUUAACCAAGGAAUGAGUAUCCAUGGGCAUUGCAUUAGACGGGGGUGGUUGGCUGAUCCUCGUUUAGGUACAGCGAUUCUUGACAUGUAUGCAAAAUGUGGUAAAAUCGAGUGUGCAGGAAUGUUGUUUGAAGAAGACGCAUUUGAGAAGACUUUGGUGUCCUGGAAUUCGCUUAUCGUUGGUUAUUCAAAAGCUAGAUAUUACCAAAAGGCAAUCGAUCUUUUCAAAAGAAUGUUUGUACGUUCGAGUUUCAAGGCUGAUUCGUUCACUCUUUCGAAUGUCAUACCAGCAUAUGCUGAUGUACGUAGUAUCGAAGGAAUAAAGUCAAUCCAUGGACUAAUAUUGAAGCAAGGCAUUGAUAUGGAAGCUAAAGUUGUUCUAGCUACUACUAUGGUUGAUGCAUAUGGGAAAUGUUCUGAUGUCGUUGCUGCUGAACGGUUGUUUUACGACAUUAAAGUACCCGAUACUUCUACAUGGAAUUCAAUGCUUACAGGGUAUCAUUCGAACGAAUGUGCUCAUAAGGGUGUGCUGCUUUUUCGAAAAAUGCUUAAAAGCUGUGUGUUACCCGACACUAUCACUAUAACCAAACUACUACAAUUGUUUGGGCUGCUAGAAUCGUUGAAGCUUGGAAGUAUGGCUCAUGGAUAUGUACUUAUUAAUGGGUUUUCUUCCCAUCUCAAGGUGGGAACCGCACUGCUCGAUAUGUACUUCAGGUGCAAAUCUAUGGAGAACGCCGAACAGCUUUUUAGAUUGAUGGAUUACAAAAGUAUCAUUACCUGGAACGCUAUGCUUUCGGGAUAUGUUAAGGUAGCUUCAUAUGCACGUGCAAUUAGAAUGUUCUGUCAAAUGCAGUUGAAAGGUGUUAAUGUAGGCGAUUCUGUCACGUUUAUCUCUCUCAUUCAAGCAUCUACCGCCUCUUUAACAAGUUAUGGUACCGAUGUGGCUCAUGCUUAUAUAAUCAAACUUGGGUUUGAUUCUGAGACAAUGGUUAUAAAUUCACUAAUCGAUGCAUAUGCAAAGAAUGGUCGUAUAGGCAACGCGAGUUCUUUGUUUGCACACAUGGGUCGAAUCAGAGACGAGUGUUCUUGGAAUGUAAUGAUUGCUGGAUAUGGAAUGAACGGUCGAGGAGAAAAGAGUUGUGAACUUGUAGAUCAGAUGAUUGAAAAUGGAUAUCGGCCUGAUAACAUUACAUUCACUUCUUUGCUUUCGGCUUGUGCUCAUUCUGGUUUGAUCGAUGAAGGGUGCAAGUAUUUUGAUAUGAUGAUGAAAAAUUUUAAAAUUCAGCCAUGUUUGGAGCAUUGGACUUGCAUUUUUAACAUGUUGGGAAGGGCUGGGAACUUGGAAGAAGCAUACAAAUUGAUUCUAACUUGCGAGGAACGGAAUCUUGCGGGUGCAGUACCAUCUGUAUCGGCUGCCAUAUGGGGUACUUUUAUGGAUGCUUGUAGAAUGUACACAAACAUAGAACUCGGUGAAAUAGCUGGGAGAAAGCUACUAGAAUUGUUACCCGAAAACAGUGGAUAUCCAAUACUAUUGUCCCAGUUAUAUUCUUCAACAAAGAAGUGGGAUGAAGCAGUGAAGGCAAGGCAAUUGAUUAGUGAAGGAGUUUUAGUGAAGGAAACAGCUUUUAGUUCUAUCAGCAGUCGCACCUACAGCAAGAAGCCUGUUGAUUUUGUCUUUGUAUGUGUAGGAGUCCUCUCGGAUAUAGCUCAACAUAGAAAACGGAUAUCGAUGAGUAUCAAGAAGGUUAAGAAGAAGAGGAAGCUUUUAUUUCUCAAUCAAAAAUUAUGCCUCUUAAACUAA